UGUCAUCCUGGCUGUGUGUGUUGUAUUAUUAAACCUUCCUGUCUGUGCUGUGACUCGUGUCAUAUCGGCUCCUUCAUCCUUCCUGCGCCUACCACACACCCACCCAAGCAAACUCAAGCACCAAAUAGACUCAAGAUGUCUGAUUAUCAAAUGGGCCCUGGAGACUUUGCAUUGAGAGAUGAAUUGCGGGAGUGGCAAAGACAGCAGUUGAUAGAGAUUGGUGCAGGUGGCAACAACUUUUUUGGUGUGCAGCUGAUAAUGGCAGAUGAGAUUUUAAACCGCAUCAUUGAUUUAGCUUAUUUCUGCAAGAUUGACAGUGUUUCCUCAAUUCAUGAUCAAGCCAACUGGUGCUACUGUGACUGA